AUGACAUCUCUCUCACUUCUUCCGCCUUUACUCCUGUGGAUCAUCAGAUAUGCUCUAGCAGAAACCUGCUACUGGGCCAACGGUGACCCGGCACCCACCAACUACGUGCGCUGCCCAGACAAGAAGAUUUGCUGCGCGGAGGGUGAAGCCUGCCUGAGCAGUAAGCUCUGCUACGGCGCCAAAUACAACAUCGCUUAUCGGGGCGCCUGUGUCGACAAGUCUUGGCCCGAGGCUGAUUGUCCGAGGGCUUGCUAUGAUGAAAUUCCUGACGGGUGGGCCAACCUCUACGCCUGCCCGAAUAGCACGAACCAGGUCUUUACGUGCGGGAAGCCAGGCUGGGCCGCGGACGUCUGCAAGGCGGAUCUAGGCAGGUAUGCAUGGGUUGAUGCCUAUUUCUCUGUCGCGGGAGUGUCCAAGUCGACAGCGACAGCGACAUCGUCGACACCAUCGAACACCGACUCCACAAGGACCAGCGACCCUCAUGUCACUUCCCCCACGACUGCCUCGUCCUCCAAUCAAUCGACUGUCGCUUUAGGGGCUGGAUUGGGCGUGGGCCUCGGAAUUCCGUUGCUGCUCGUUUCCACAGGCAUGUUAGCGUUCUGGGUGCGGAUGAGAAGGCGCUCGCCAAAGGAGAUUCAGGCCGGGGAGGUUGGACUGCAUGGCUAUCACCAAAGUCCGGGGUUGAAUGGGUACGAGAGACCAAAGUUUGGCGGUGGUAGACCGAGAGAAUUGGACUCGGGGCCGGUGGUGAGGGAGUUAGAGGGUUAG